AUGACUGCUGAUUAUCUGCAUUCGUUUCCGGUCAAUCGAUCAGUCUCUGCCGUACUGUUCCGGUUACACACCAGUAAAUUUACCACAGUUUUGUCCGACAAUGCAACUACAUUUAAAGCCGCAGCCCGUCAUCUACAUAAUUUAAUACAGUCUCCACUCAUUCAAAGGAAUUUCUCCAACAUGGGCAUCACAUGGAAGUUCAUUCCCACAAAAGCACUUUGGUAUGGAGGCUGGUGGAAAAGGCUUAUCGGUGUUACUAAUUCAGCUGUCAAGAAGAUAUUAGGUCGGUCAUUCGUAACCCUGAAAGAGUUACAGACCAUAAUCGUGGAAAUAGAGGCGAUUAUUAAUGAUCGUCCACUGACAUAUGUGUCUGAAGACAUCAACGACACGGAGUCCAUAUCCCCCUCAUUCUUGACGUAUGGUCGCCGACUGACGUAA